AUCUUUUAUUUUAACAAACAAUUUACACAAACUUCAAAUACGCCAAAUAUUCGUAAUGCUGUGUAUUAUUCAAUCUAUAAUUUUAAAAACGCUAUUAAUAUUAACGAAGAGGUUGAAUAGCUCGUAAAAAAAAGCGAAAGUGAAAGUUUCUUUAGGCGUGUCCUCCCGUCACCCUCGUCGAAAAAGGCUCUCGUUUUCAUGAUCAUUUAUGAUAUAAUGACAGUUUUGUCUAAUUUUAAUACAUGAUGGACAUAACCUGUAUUUUUAUGUCAGUACUUAUGAUUGUCGCUGAUGGCUUCAUUGUGCAUGGUCCCUCUGGUCCUCUGGUUGCUCCUCUGGGAUCUUCAGUGGUUUUGCCCUGUUAUGUUGAUGAACUCCCAGUAAUGGAGGAUCUGGAGGUGCAAUGGAGAAGAACAGACUCAGAUGCACAGGUUCAUCUGUUUCUGGAUGGUGAGAGUCGACCAGAGUCUCAGGAGCAGGAUUAUCAUGAUAGAGCUCAUUUUUUUACAGAUCAGAUUCAACGGGGAAACUUCUCUCUCCGUCUGGACAAUCUGACAGCUGAAGAUGAAGGAGAAUAUAUAUGUAAAGUUCACAGUCAGGAUUCUGGUGAAACUGUGGUUCUGUUAAAACAUGAGCGUUUGUUAGUAUCAGGAUCAGAUCGGUCUGUAUCUGCAGAUGAUGGUGAGGAUGUCACUCUGAACUGCUCUGUAGACUCUCACAUUAAACCUGAACACAUUGAAGAGGUUUUGUGGAGGAGAACAGAUGGAGAUAUUCUGGUUCUGCUCUUCCAAAACAAUGAGACUUUAUCAGAUUCAUCAGAUGAGCAAUACAGAGACAGAGUUGAGUUCUUCACUGCUGAAAUCCCCAAAGGAAACUUCUCUCUCAGACUGAAGAGUGUCACAACUGAGGAUAAAGGAGUUUACAUGUGUCAAGUGUUUGCUGGAGGACUUUCAGCCAAUGCAACUGUAGAACUGGACCAACUGGGUUUCUCUUCUUGGCACAUAGCUGUGUUAUUUUUCUGUUUUGCUGCUGGAUCUGGAGCUGUGCUUCUGCUCUGCUCUCUGAUCUACUACAGAUAUAAAAACACUGUCACCAGCAGCAUAAUCUGGACUCUUCAGGUUUCUCUGGUCUUUUGUCCAAACAUCUGUCUGUUCUUUGCCUUCAUGCUUUGGGGCUUUACUGAAGGAUCUCUGCAUGAGACGGUCACCUGCUGUGCUCUUUGUAUUCUGAGGCCUGUUAUGUUGAUUUGGACUUUGCGCUAUUUGAAGUGUCUUCAAGACAAUCAUAAAUCAUGGAUCAGGUUUUUCAGAAUAACACAUGAAUUUACUGUUCUUACAGUCAUUGUUUAUUCAGUUCUUUUUGCAUAUGGCUGGAGAAUCAGUGCACAUGAUACAGACAAUAUAAGCCGUAUAUUCUCAGGAAUAUUCUUUGGAGGUGUUGUGCUGUUCUGUCUCCUGAGUGCAGGUUUGAAUGAUGCACUUUGUAUCUUUCUGUCUUUUUUCCAAUUGUUCCAGUUGAUCUCCUCAUUUGGACUUCCCUCUCCAGGGUUUCUUUUUGUGCCUUUUGUUCUACCACUUUUAACUCGUCUGCAAGCAAGAUUUGAAUGUCUUCACCACAGAUGGAUGACAAUAUUGUGUAUAUUAAUAAUAACACUCCUGGAUAUCAUCCUAGUGAUUUAUGCUCAUCUAACCAUAUUAGAAAGGGAAAAAGAGUACUUGGAAUGGACCUGUGUCAUUUUAUUUAUUGAAGUUCUGAAGAUAGCCGUGAUCGUUGAACACCGUGUGCUGAAACGCAUGUUGAAAGAGGAUGAACGUUCAAGAGUUCAGAGACGACGAGAGACUGAGACGAGUCAACAAGGAUCAAAUACAUUGUCUCUCUGUAAUGAAAUCAUGUUCAUGUUUGGAGCAGUUGGUCUUGUUUUGUUGAACUCUGUUACACUGACAGCAGAACUGAUCCUGAAAGCACGGAAUGGUGAGCGUGUCAUGAAGGAUAUGAGAGUCAUUGUCUUCCCUUCUGAAAGUGUUUUUGUCUUGUGUUGGCUGAUUUUACAAAUGCAUGCUUACUGGAGGAUUGUUAUAGCAGGAUCUACACAGAAUCAAAGGAACUUACAUCAAAGAGUUCAGCUCAUGGAAAUGUAAUAAUUAUAUAUAAUGUAUCGGCUGAUCUGCAAUAUAAUCCUUGACAUCUUAGCGUGAAGUACUGAUUUGUACCAAACAACGUCUUGUUUUAAACAGAAUACACCAGAGACUCAUGAAAUUAAGAAUCUGUAUGCAGCUGAUCCUGCCAAAUCUUUUCAAAAGUAAAACAUGCUGUAUUUUUGUAACAGUACUAGGCUUCAUAUAAGUUUAUUUUAAUAGUUAUUAUGAAAAAGAUCUAAUUUGUAUUUUUUCAUAAACAGAUUGAGGUACAGCUUUUAUGUAAAUGUGGUGUGUUAUUAAAAAAGUGUUUAUUCAUUUUUGUAUAUUUAGUAAAAUAUGAAAGAGCUGAACUUCUGUAUAUGUAUAUUCUGUAUAUGUUUAUGAGGCCAUUUCAUGAGUGGUCUGACGCUCAUAUAUUUUCAGCUAAUAUUGCUGAAGUUAAUCAGAUCUGUGCCAAAUUCUAUGCAAAAAUAUUUAUGCAACAUUUAAAAUGAACAAGCAGUUUGUAAAGUGUCUUAAUUGCUAUAGUUUAGUGUGCGUGUGUGUGUAAAUGAUAAAAUUAAUGAGACCACAAAUA